UAUUUUGUAAAUGGUCGGCCAUGUUGUAUCGAUUUUAUAUACUAACCAAACGCGUUUCCAACGCGUAGUUAUCAGUUUUCGUCGUGAACAAACUUAAUAAUAAGAAAUAUAAAACAAUAGUUUAAUUUGUGCGCUUAAACGGAGUAUUCCUUGCACUAUGGAGGACAUUCCGAGAACUCACGAAGACAUCGAAGCCCAGAUUCGAGAAAUUCAAUCGAAGAAGAAAGAACUACCCGAGGAGCCGGUUGAUAAGGGCGUUGGUCUUGGCGAAAGCGGUUAUUUUGAUAGUGAGAUUUAUGAUGGAGGUGGUGGCAAGAGCAAGUAUGAGGGCUAUGUCACUUCAAUUGCUGCAAAUGAUGAGGUGGAUGAUGAAGAAGAAGAUGUUGGAUUCACCCAAAAACGCACAGGAUUGGGAGCGCCGGUUGCGCUACUUAAUGAUGUUGCACAGGCGGAUAAGGAUUAUGAUCCAUUUGCCGAUCGUCGCCGGCCAACAAUCGCAGAUCGCGAAGAUGAAUACCGGCAGAAGCGGCGCAAGAUGAUCAUCUCGCCCGAACGCAUCGAUCCUUUUGCAGACGGUGGCAAGACGCCCGAUUUUAAUGCCAGGGGUUAUACGCAGAUUAUGAAAGAGCACCUCUUGAAGGGCGAAGAAAAUGAAGUACGUCGAAAAUUGGCAGAAAAAGCAAAGGAGGGCACGCUCAAAGCUACAAACGGCGAUUCCAAGGCGGCGAAGAAGCGCGGACGUUGGGAUCAAACAGUUGAGGACAGUUUUGUACCGGCGAAGAAGAAAACACUCGCAAUCAGCACUGCAGAUGCCACACCAAAAUGGGGAGAUGCCGGCGAUAAAACGCCAGCUGAUCAUCGUUGGGAUGAAACUCCGGGUCACAAAGGAAGCGAAACACCAGGCGCAACUCCUGGCCAAUCUACGCGUAUAUGGGACGCUACCCCAGGCGCCGCCACACCAGGAAGAGAAACUCCAGGUCAUGAUAAAGCAGCAUCACGUAGAAAUCGCUGGGAUGAAACGCCCAAAACUGAACGUGAAACACCGGGACAUUCGAGUGGGUGGGCUGAAACCCCGCGUACUGACCGAGCUGCGGCUGAUCUUAUUCAGGAGACACCGACACCAGGCGCGUCAAAACGACGAUCGAGAUGGGACGAAACGCCAUCGGCUACGCCCUCGGUGAGCAUGACACCAGGAGCCAUGACCCCGCAAACUCCGCAUGGUACACCCAGUCAUUCUACGCCUAUGUUGACCCCAGGUGGAUCUACACCCGUAGGGAUGAAGGCGAUGAACAUGGCUACGCCUACUCCAGGCCAUCUUGCUUCAAUGACCCCGGAACAGCUUCAGGCUUUCCGUUGGGAGCGCGAAAUCGACGAACGUAAUCGUCCGUAUACUGAUGAAGAGUUAGAUUCUAUGUUUCCUCCUGGCUAUAAAAUACUACAACCUCCGGCUGGAUAUAUUCCUAUUCGUACUCCUGCGCGUAAACUUACUGCUACACCAACACCAAUGAUGGGCAAUACACCACAAGGUUUCUUCAUGCAAACCGAAGACAAAUCUGCAAAGUUUGUCGACAAUCAACCCAAAGGACAAAACCUUCCGUUUAUGAAACCUGAGGACGCGCAAUAUUUCGAUAAGUUAUUAGUCGACGUCGAUGAAGAAUCGCUUGCCCCCGAAGAACAAAAAGAACGCAAGAUUAUGAAGCUGCUGUUGAAGAUUAAGAACGGCACUCCGCCAAUGCGUAAAGCCGCGUUGAGGCAGAUCACUGACAAGGCGCGCGAGUUUGGCGCUGGGCCUCUUUUCAAUCAAAUUCUUCCGCUUCUUAUGAGUCCCACUCUCGAAGAUCAGGAACGGCAUCUUUUGGUGAAAGUCAUUGAUCGUAUUCUCUACAAACUUGACGAUCUGGUACGUCCAUACGUGCAUAAGAUCCUCGUUGUCAUAGAGCCACUGCUUAUUGAUGAAGAUUAUUACGCGCGUGUUGAAGGUAGAGAGAUUAUUUCGAAUUUGGCCAAAGCUGCUGGUUUAGCCACGAUGAUCUCCACAAUGCGACCGGAUAUUGACAAUAUCGAUGAAUAUGUGAGGAAUACAACUGCCAGGGCUUUUGCGGUUGUUGCAUCUGCACUUGGUAUUCCAUCUCUGCUACCGUUUUUGAAAGCGGUUUGUCGAUCAAAGAAAUCCUGGCAGGCGCGUCACACUGGAAUAAAAAUUGUUCAACAGAUUGCUAUUCUCAUGGGAUGCGCAAUUUUACCCCAUCUGAAAUCUUUGGUUGAGAUUAUCGAACAUGGUUUGGUUGAUGAACAACAGAAAGUGCGAACAAUUACUGCUUUGGGUAUUGCAGCUCUUGCGGAGGCAGCCACACCGUAUGGUAUUGAAAGUUUUGAUUCGGUUCUUAAACCAUUGUGGAAAGGUAUACGCACACAUCGCGGCAAAGGUUUGGCGGCUUUCUUAAAAGCUAUUGGUUAUCUUAUUCCGCUCAUGGAUGCUGAAUACGCUAAUUAUUACACUCGUGAAGUGAUGCUCAUUUUGAUCCGGGAGUUUCAGUCGCCCGACGAAGAGAUGAAGAAGAUUGUCCUUAAAGUCGUGAAGCAAUGCUGUGGUACUGAUGGUGUGGAACCUCAAUACAUCAAGGAGGAAAUUCUUCCACAGUUCUUCAAACAUUUCUGGAAUCAUCGCAUGGCGUUAGAUCGAAGAAACUAUCGUCAAUUGGUUGAUACCACCGUGGAGAUUGCGAAUAAAGUCGGUGCUUCGGAGAUUAUCAAUCGUAUCGUUGACGAUCUCAAGGAUGAAAAUGAACAGUACCGUAAAAUGGUUAUGGAAUCAAUCGAGAAGAUCAUGGGUAAUCUAGGAGCGGCGGAUAUCGACUCCCGACUCGAGGAGCAACUCAUCGACGGCAUUCUCUAUGCCUUCCAGGAACAGACCACUGAAGAUGUGGUCAUGCUCAAUGGAUUCGGAACGAUUGUGAAUCAACUUGGAAAGCGAGUGAAGCCCUAUUUACCUCAGAUUUGCGGCACGAUUCUGUGGCGUUUGAAUAAUAAGAGCGCCAAGGUCCGACAACAAGCUGCGGAUUUGAUAUCGCGUAUUGCUGUUGUUAUGAAGACCUGCCAAGAGGAGAAACUCAUGGGUCAUCUCGGUGUAGUCCUGUAUGAGUAUCUCGGAGAAGAGUAUCCGGAAGUAUUGGGAUCUAUUCUCGGAGCAUUGAAAGCAAUCGUCAAUGUUAUCGGAAUGACCAAGAUGACUCCACCUAUCAAGGACCUGUUGCCUAGACUAACGCCCAUUUUAAAGAACAGACAUGAAAAAGUACAGGAGAAUUGUAUUGAUCUGGUUGGCAGGAUUGCUGAUCGUGGACCUGAAUAUGUCUCCGCUAGGGAAUGGAUGCGAAUUUGUUUCGAGUUGUUGGAGUUGCUCAAAGCACACAAGAAAGCUAUUCGCAGAGCGACUGUUAAUACAUUUGGUUACAUUGCUAAAGCAAUUGGACCGCACGAUGUGUUAGCUACGUUGUUGAACAACUUAAAAGUGCAGGAACGUCAGAAUCGUGUGUGUACCACUGUGGCUAUUGCUAUUGUGGCGGAAACCUGCUCACCUUUCACGGUUUUACCAGCGUUGAUGAAUGAGUACCGCGUUCCCGAGUUAAAUGUCCAAAACGGCGUUCUUAAAUCUUUAUCCUUCCUCUUUGAAUACAUCGGUGAGAUGGGAAAGGAUUACAUCUACGCUGUUGCACCUCUGCUAGAAGAUGCGCUCAUGGAUCGAGAUCUUGUUCAUAGACAAACUGCUUGUGCAGCUAUUAAACACAUGGCGUUGGGGGUGUAUGGUUUUGGUUGUGAGGAUGCCCUCAUUCAUCUGCUGAACUAUGUCUGGCCGAAUAUCUUCGAGACAUCGCCUCAUUUAGUGCAGGCGUUUAUGGACGCCAUUGAGGGCAUGCGCGUGGCGUUGGGUCCUAUUAAGAUUCUGCAAUACACUCUUCAGGGACUGUUCCAUCCGGCAAGGAAAGUGCGUGAUGUCUAUUGGAAGAUUUACAACUCCUUGUAUAUUGGCGGGCAGGAUGCCCUCGUCGGUGGAUAUCCGCGAAUCAUGAACGAUCCGAAGAAUCAGUACCUGCGCUACGAGUUGGAUUAUGUGUUGUAGUACGUUUAAUAUUCAGCGCCUGGGGGUUUUAAUUUUAUUAUAUUAAAAAAAUUAUCUCUAUGCA